AUGUCAGACAACGAAAGUCACGAAGAAAUGUUUAUUGAAUCUGAGGCACAAGUAUUCGACUUUAAAGUGGGGAAUUCACUUGAACAAAGUCAUUCAAUUGACGAAGAACAUGAAUAUAUAGAUUUUUCAAAGCCUGCAAAUAUUAAAGAUAUGAAUGAAAAGACUGUACAAAUUUCUUUUGGUGGAUAUUUGGAAAAUGAUUCAUAUUUAUUGUCUGGACAUAAAUUUAAAGAUAAUACAUGUGAAAUAAUAGAUGAUGAAAAUGCGGAACGAGAUUAUUUAUUAAUAUUUGAUGAGACAACAAAAACCUAUACGUUAGAGCUCCUUGAUUAUGAGUUUCGAGUAGGUGUAGGCAGUGAUUUUUCUGAAAUUAACAGUAUAAGUCAGAAACCUGAAACCCCUAAUUCUGAUAUUGAGAUUGUGCGACAAUUUCAAGAAGUAAUGGAAGGAGGAGAUCAAUCAUAUGUAAAUGGAGAUGAUGAUUUCCCCGAUGAAGAAGAGGAUUAUUUAGAGAAAUUUAAAGAAUCGAUGAAAAUGGAAGGUACUGUGGAGAAUGUUGAUGCUCCGUUACCACAAGCUCCAUCACCCGAAGAAGAUAUGUAUGAACAGAUGGAAGAUUAUGAAUUGGUAACAAAAGACGAUGUGACGGAAUCUUCAAACAGUAGUUCUUCAGGUGCUACUUCUUCUACAUCUUCCGAUUCAGAUGAUUCCGGUGACGGGUCUGAUUCAAGUGAAUCAGAGCUGGAAUCUGUAGCAGGAGAUCUUGAGACACAAAUGAAACAAUCAAUAAAUAGCAUUAUUAAAUCUCCUCGUACGAAAAAGAAGUCGAUUACAACAGACGGGAAAAAAUCUAAUGGCGUAGCGGGACCUAUUUCUUUAGAAGCAUUGUUGGGAGGCGGCGCUGAAGAGCAAGACCAAUAUGACAGCGGCUCGUCUGAUAAUUCAGAUUAA